AUGACUAGUGGCGACAGCGACACCAACGGUACUCUGGUGGUACCUACCAGCGUCGCCAGCGGUACUCUGGCGGUACCUACCAGCGUCACCAACGGUACUCUGGCGGUACCUACCAGCGUCACCAACGGUACUCUGGUGGUACCUUCCAGCGACACCAACGGUACUCUGGUGGUACCUUCCAGCGUCACCAGCGGUACUCUGGCGGUACCUUCCAGCGACACCAACGGUACUCUGGUGGUACCUACCAGCAUCACCAACGGUACUCUGGCGGUACCUCCCAGCGUCACCAACGGUACUCUGGUGGUACCUUCCAGCGACACCAACGGUACUCUGGUGGUACCUUCCAGCGACACCAACGGUACUCUGGUGGUACCUUCCAUCGACACCAACGGUACUCUGGUGGUACCUUCCAGCGACACCAACGGUACUCUAGCGGUACCUUCCAGCGACACCAACGGUACUCUGGCGGUACCUUCCAGCGACACCAACGGUACUCUGGCGGUACCUUCCAGCGACACCAACGGUACUCUGGCGGUACCUUCCAGCGACACCAACGGUACUCUGGCGGUACCUUCCAGCGACACCAACGGUACUCUGGUGGUACCUUCCAGCGACACCAACGGUACUCUGGCGGUACCUACCAGCGACACCAACGGUACUCUGGCGGUACCUUCCAGCGACACCAACGGUACUCUGGUGGUACCUUCCAGCGACACCAACGGUACUCUGGCGGUACCUUCCAGCGACACCAACGGUACUCUGGUGGUACCUUCCAGCGUCACCAACGGUACUCUGGCGGUACCUUCCUGCGACACCAACGGUACUCUGGUGGUACCUUCCAGCGACACCAACGGUACUCUGGCGGUACCUUCCAGCGACACCAACGGUACUCUGGCGGUACCUUCCAGCGACACCAACGGUACUCUGGUGGUACCUUCCAGCGACACCAACGGUACUCUGGCGGUACCUACCAGCGACACCAACGGUACUCUGGCGGUACCUUCCAGCGACACCAACGGUACUCUGGUGGUACCUUCCAGCGACACCAACGGUACUCUGGCGGUACCUUCCAGCGACACCAACGGUACUCUGGUGGUACCUUCCAGCGACACCAACGGUACUCUGGUGGUACCUUCCAGCGUCACCAACGGUACUCUGGCGGUACCUUCCUGCGACACCAACGGGACUCUGGUGGUACCUUCCAGCGACACCAACGGUACUCUGGCGGUACCUUCCAGCGACACCAACGGUACUCUGGCGGUACCUUCCAGCGACACCAACGGUACUCUGGUGGUACCUUCCAGCGACACCAACGGUACUCUGGUGGUAUCCAGAAUGAUAUCCACAUAUGUGCGUAAUAAGAGACGUGAUGUGAAUACUCCGGCGCCGUCGUCGUCGUCAUCUGCAGCAGUCAGUCAAAUCAACACCAGCAGCCUGUGCCGAGGUCAGCAACGUCAAGCCCAGGACGCCAGAUCCGUCAAGCAGUUACCCAAGUGCUUAAGAAACUUUUCCUUCUUGUUCUUGGCGGUUGAGUCCUGA